GUUGCUUAAUUUCAUAAAGAAUAGUUUCGCAGUGCUGGAUUUUGACAGUGAGUGUCCGAGAUGCGAGCGGUGUUGUCGUGUGUCGUGUUGGUGUGUGUGCUGCGCGUGCGCACCGCGCUCGGCGACGACCGGCCCUCGCGCGUCGUGCGCAUCGACCAGGGGCCUGUGCGCGGGUACAGGGACCCCGACUACGAUGUCUUCACCUUUCACAGCAUCCCCUACGCGACUGCACCGACAGGCACCGAUCGAUUCAAGGCUCCAAGACCACCACCUGUAUGGCAAGAGCCCCUAGAAGCUAUAAAUAAGGAUAUCAUAUGCCCGCAAUUUAUAAAGAAAAAUAUUCUUAAGCACCAAAAUGCUAAGGAAGAUUGUCUUAUAGCGAACGUCUACGUUCCAGAUACAGAUGCAGAUAAUAUCCCAGUUGUUGUAUAUGUACACAGUGGAGGAUAUGGAGUUGGUUAUGGAGAUAUGGUUAACCCCAGACCUUUGGUAAAUACUAAAAAAGUUAUAAUAGUCACUUUUAACUAUCGACUAGCUGGACAUGGCUUUCUAUGUUUGGGGACAGAAGAUAUACCAGGCAAUGCAGGAAGUAAGGACCAGGUGGCAUUGUUGCGGUGGGUAAGAAGAAAUAUUGCCAGAUUCAAAGGGAAUCCUGAUGAUAUGACUCUCAUAGGUAGUAGCGCUGGAGCUUCAUCUGUAGAUCUUUUGAUGCUUUCCAAGAUGUCGCGAGGACUUUUCAACAAAAUUGUUCCUGAAUCUGGCGCUAAUAUGGCUGCAUUUAGUACCCAACCAGAUCCAAUUCGUGCAGCAAAAGUAUACGCAAAAUUGUUGGGAAGCGAUAAGAACUUUAAAAGCAUCAUCGAAUUAGAAGAAUUCUUUAAAUCUGUAAGCGUACAAAAACUCAACUCAAUAUUUACUUUGAACACAACUGAUGCCACUUCAAUUGUAGGUCCCUGUGUUGAACGUGAUAUAGGACAGGAAAGGUUUCUCGAGGACAGCCCUUUUAAUAUUUUAAAAAGUAGAGAUUAUCCUAUAGUACCAAUGCUCUACGGUGUAACCAAUAUGGAGGGCGUAAUACGAGUAGAUGCCUUGGAAAGACAAGUCAAAGGAGAUAUGGAACUCAUGAAUAAAAAAUUUUCAGAUUAUUUGCCCGCAGAUUUGAUCUUUAAAGAAGAAGAUGAGAGGAAUGAAGUGGCAAAUAAAAUCAAAAAAUUCUUCUUUGGAAAUAAAGUAGACGAAGAAGAUAUUUUAGAAUAUAUAAAUUAUUUUUCGGAUACUUUAUUUGUUUAUCCGACUCUACGGGCAAUUAACCUCCACGUAAACAAUGGUCAUAAUGAGAUAUACCUCUAUGAAUAUUCGUUCACCGAUGCCAACACAUUACCGGCCCCUUAUACGAGAGUUCGUGGAGCAGCACACUACACACAGUCUGCGGCGAUAUGGGGCGAGGAUCCAAUUGAGCCACAUAACAAUAAUUUUACCGAUGAAUAUGUGAAAAUGAGCAAUAUUAUGAGAGACAUUUGGAUAAACUUUAUAUUAACUGGUAAACCCAUACCCGAAGGCUCGGGUCUACCGGAGUGGCCGGCGGUGGGCAAGAAGUGCAAUCCGCACAUGUCACUAGGGCGGGCGGUGGAGCUGCGUGGUUCGCUUCUGAAAGAGCGGACGAUGUUCUGGAACGAGAUCUACUCGAGAUUCUAUCGAAAUCCGCAGCCUCCACCCCCACCAUCGACGUUUAUCUAAAUUGCAACUCUUCUGCUGUUGCGACCGUCUAACUAUAGGCGACGAUAGUUGCUAUCCAUCAGGUCACCCGUUUACACGUUUGCCAUCUAAUCUAUUAUCUUAUAUAUAAAAAUGGAUUUUCAAAUGUGUU